AUGAAUAAAAGCAAGAAUAACCAUAUAAUCAUCAGAUUAAUACAAUAUAUUCUUCAGUUGGCAAUACUAGUCAAAGAUUUGCAUCCUUUAUGUAGCAUUCCAUUAGAAGGCGAUGGUGAUGAUUUUGCUCCAUGUAUUGAGUCACCUGAGAUUGUUCUUUCACGGGUGGAUGAUAGUUUGAACCACUGUCAGAUCGUACCCGGAUCCUGCGAAUACUGUCACUGUAGGAUGAGUUCGGAUCAAUUGAAGGAUAUUUGGUUAACAUUCCUAUCAACUCUCUUUGACAAUUACCACUUCUAUAUAAGAAGCUUGCAAGUAGAAACAAUAAUCCACAAUACACUUAUUCUUUUUUCUCUUAUCUUAAACCUUACCAAUGGUCAGUGCUUAAAGGUAGGAUUUUAUGAAAAGUCAUGUCCUCUUGCUGAGGCCAUUACAAGGAAUGUCAUCAAACAAACCUUAGCUCUUGCUCCUUCACUCUCGGGUCCCUUAUUGAGAAUGUUUCAUCAUGAUUGUUUUGUUAGGGGUUGUGAUGCUUCAGUCUUCUUAGAUUCUCCUACACAACAAACAAAGAAAGAUGCAAUUCCAAACAAAAUACUAAGAGGAUCUGAAGUUAUAGAUAGAGUUGAGAGCGAAUUGGAAAUGUAUUAUUCAGGAAUUGUUUCGUGUGCUGAUAUAAUAGUUUUGAUAUCAAGGAAUGUUGUAGUGAGGUAUAGUGGAAGUUCAUGGAAUGUUGAAACUGGAAGACGAGAUGGUGUUGUUUCAUCCCUAAAUGAAGCUUUGGCUAAUUUGCCACCACCUUUUGCAAAUAUAACGUCUCUCAAAACUAAUUUUCAGCAGAGAGGACUUAGUCAUAAGGAUCUUGUUGUCCUAUCAGGGGCACAUACAAUAGGCAUCGCUCAAUGUUCUUCAUUCAUAAACCGCUUAUACAACUUCUCAGGACAAGGUGAUAACAACUCUUUUGAUCCCACCAUGGAUCCAAAUUAUGUCGUUGAAUUAAGGAUGAAGUGUAUGAAAAACGGGCCAAAUAAUUUAGUGGAUAUGGAUCUUGGAAGCUCCAAUAUUUUUGAUGCGCACUACUAUGAUCUUGUGUCUAAAAAUAGGGGAUUAUUUCAGUCAGAUGCUGCUUUACUUGACGAUGGUGAAACUAAUAUUUACGUUCAAACUCACAAGGGUGGCAAUCCAGCAAGCUUCUUUAAAGACUUUGGGGUAUCCAUGGUUAAUAUGGGUAGAAUUGGUGUUCAUACGGGUACUGCUGGUCAAAUAAGGAAAGUUUGUUCAAAGGUUAACUAA